GCUCUUCUCUCCAAAUCUUCGUACCAAGGUCAUUCUACAUUGUUACUUGUUAGCACCUAACUUGCGCCAAUUAUGGUCAAUUCAACACAGACUUCUGGCCCUUUGCAGGCAUUGAGCGGUUAUGUGGCUUCCUACGGCUGGGGCCCUCUUCUGUCCGUUUCGCGGAGCACUGUUCUUUCGCUCUUGUCGCGUAUUGAAGCCGGUCACCUAAGAGUAGCAGACGUGGAUGGCAAGGUUACAACCUAUGGAGAGAAACUAGCCGUCAAUGGCACUACUGAGAAGAGCAUGCAUUCGCUGCCCAAUGUAGAGUUGACUGUGCACAAAGAUGUCUUUUGGGUGCGCAUGUUGCUCUUUGCAGAUAUGGGUUUCGCAGAGAGCUACAUGCUCGGAGAAGUGUCUUGCUCUGACCUGACCGAGUUCUUCCGGCUCUUCAUUGUCAAUCGCAACUACCUCUCGAACGGGUCUACCCUCACGUCGAACCUUUCAGCGAAGCUCUCUUAUUUGCUUCGCAAGACGAACACCCUUACGACCGCUCGCCUCAACAUCGCCGCGCAUUACGACAUCUCCAAUGACAUGUUCGCCGCAUUCCUUUCUCCCGACAUGACUUAUUCCUGCCCCAUCUGGCUGCCCAAGUCGGACCCUCGUUCCAAAAAAGAAACAUUAGAGCAAGCUCAAAUGCGCAAGCUGAGACGCUUCAUUGACAACGCAAAGAUCAAGCAAGAAGAUCAUGUCUUGGAAAUUGGCACCGGCUGGGGCAGCUUCGCGAUUUUGGCCGUACGAGAGACCGGCUGUCGCGUCACUAGCUUGACCUUAUCUACAGAGCAGAAAGAUUUGGCAGAGAAGAGAAUUGCAGAGGCUGGCUUCACUGACCGCAUUGAAGUUCUCCUUUGCGACUAUCGCGCGCUGCCAACUCCGAGAGACGGGAAGUUAUAUGACAAAGUGGUCAGCAUUGAAAUGCUGGAAGCCGUGGGCAAGGAGUAUCUGAACACAUAUUUCCAGUGCGUGGACAAACUUCUGAAACCCGAAGGUGGUGUCGCUGUCUUCCAAUGCAUUACGAUGCCCGAAAGCCGCUACGAGGCAUAUAGCAAUUCUGACGAUUUCAUCCGCCGAUACAUAUUCCCUGGUGGUCACCUUCCUACCGUUACUCAACUACUGGAUUCUGUUAGAGCUGGUUCUUCUUGCAGACUUAUCCCAGAAUCCGUCGAGAACAUUGGUCCUCAUUAUGCAAAGACCCUACGAUUGUGGCGCGAAGAGUUUAUGCAAAACUUUGACGAAAAGAUCAAGCCCUCGUUAUUGGAAGAGCACGAAGGCAUGACCGAAAAAGACGUCGACCUCUUCCGCAGAAAGUGGGAGUAUUACUUUGCUUACUGCGAGGCCGGCUUCGUCACCAAGACUCUAGGAGAUGUUAUCUUCACCAUUGGAAGAGAAGGCGCAGUGGAGAUGAUGGAAGAUGUGCCUCUUUAGUUGUAUGCGGGAAACGAGCAAAACGAUUCUUGACAUAUAACUGAUAAUGUAUAGUAUUGGGAAAGAAGAGCCGAGGUCGUGUAAAACAGGAGAUACCCCGAUUGUGCCACAUAGAUUCAAGCCAAUCAAUGUUUGUAUGCUCGAACUGACAACCGUGGCA